AGGAAAAAUCUUCCUUCCGCCAGGUGGAGAUACCAUGGUUGUCGUAAAUGGAUCAGAUGUGAUAAUAGCAUGGACAUUUGAUGAUCCAAUAUCUACAGUGUUUGUCCGGCAUUGGAAAUUCAGGACCAGUAACGGGACGAAAAACCUCGCUUAUAUAUUCCGUAAUCAAAAUACUACAAUAGUAGCAAGAAGCAGGCUGCCUGGGGUUGAGAUCAUAAAGCCAGGAAUGUUGGUCUUAAAGAACGUCGACUUCCGUUACAAUGGAACAUAUAGAUUCUAUUUACUUACCCCAUCUGGCUCUUUUACAUCUGAUGUUACUGUUUUUGUCGCGGGUAAGCUUUUUCUUUUAAACAAAUAAAUGUAACAAAUAUCUAAAACAAUUAAAUUGUUGUGGCCCUAAUUAUGAGCCAUGGCUAUUUCUGAACAAAAUGCUGUAGCCUACAUUUACACAUAACAUAGACCCUCCUACUAGGUUCUCCAACAAGAAUCGAUUGAUAGUCAGGUGCAGCGCUCUGACCACUUACUACACAAACUAGUUGCAAAUUAACGUUAGGUUCGAAAAUGUAUCUAAAAAAAUAAUCUACAUUCAGUUCCAGCGACCGAGAUUCCACAAUUCUUGGUCAAAGCGCUGAACUAAAAACACACAGAACAACUGCAUUUGAAAAUGAAAAUCUUGCUCAUCCCUUUCCAGGCAAGCAGCAAUAUUUUAAGAUCAAUGAGAUGACCAACCAUACAGCAUGAACCAUGGCACCCAAUCGAUCUUGACAAUUAGCUAAGCCAAUUGGAUUAUGCGUUAAAUUAUGAUAGUUUGCUAGCUUGUAGUUUUGAAAAUAAAUUUUACUUAAGUUGAGCCCCCAUUAGGAAGCUUCAAUUUGUCUACUAAAGAUUGGUUAAACUUAUCCUGCAAUGGUCAAUCUAUUAUUUUAUAAUGUGUAUGAUUGUACGUUGUCCUUUUCUCGAGUGCUAAAUAAAUACGCAAGCAGGAAUGAUUCUCGUCCCAUGACCAGAGCUAUUUGUACUUGUUGAAAAUUAGGCUCUGUGUCGAACGACUAAAGGAAUCAAAGAUCUGAUCGGCUUCUUAGAGAACUGCUAUUUCCCAGGCAUUAUUUUAUCAAAAUAUGUCCCCACAUAUAUACUUCGUUUCUUCAUGGUACUUCUCCGUGGAAAUUUUUACGGGUGCUGAAGCGUCCCAUUCAAGGGUAUGCCCUUUAGAAACUACUGCAAGUUGUUGUGCACUUCCAUUAUCGUUUAUGCAAGGCCAGGCCUAUGAAGAUCUCGCGCGGCCGAGAAGCCCUUGGAACGAGGAUGAGCCCGAAUUAGUUCCAUCGCCCAGGACUGUCGCGAGCUCAUGCAAAUUUGAUAAACGUUUUAUACUUCAAGAAAUUUCAAUAGAGAUAAGAGUUUUUCUCUGCAGUGUUGCUGAACUCAUAAUUAACAUAAAACGCAAUGUUUGUACCUAAGACUGACGAUUGUGUUAAAGAAUAGCGAUGUUUCGAUAAACUUUUCGAUUCAAUACAUUUGAAUAACAAUACAUUUCAGGAAAACCGACCGUGUCUGUCUGUUCCAGUGCUAUUGUAGUGAAUGGAGGUGAGAAUGUCACGUGUCUCUGCCGAGGUCAAGGUGUCAAUAUUCCUGGUCUUGUCAAUGUCACGUGGUUCAAAGAUGGCGCCCAGAUAGGCAAAACAGAAUCACAGCAAAACGAACUAAUUCUUAAUUAUGUUAAUGAAAGAAACAGUGGAAACUACACAUGUCGUGUUCAAAAAUAUGUCGAAGUUCAGAACGAAACUUCAGUUGAACUAAUUGUUGAAUGUAAGUAAAACUGGAAUUCGUGUCUUUAUAAAAUUUAUCAAAACUAGAGAGCGCACUAGUUCGAUCGUUUUUAUUCGCCAACAACUAGUUAUCUUGCUAUAUUUCCUUAUACUUCCCCUAUAAAUAAUUUUCUACUUUUCAAUUUGUCAUGUUGAUACGAAAACACGAUACAGUUGUAACACACAAACAAUUAUUAUAAUUCGAGGUGAAACUAACAUUUUCACUGGGUUAUCAGGGAAAAUUAUUGGCAUUAAUUCGGGGAGGUGGCACUGCGGGCGGAGGGGAGGGGAGGGGAUGCCCACAAUUUUGUAAUCGAGUACAAAUGAAAAUUUUAAUAUAUGGCUAAAAUAAUCUGACAGCAAUAGGCUACGUUCCCGUCGAUCACAGUGGAGCUUAAAAAUUCUACAUUCCCAGGGCAACUGGAAUUUUAACAAAACUAACAUUUUCUUUUACAAGAUCCUCCUGAGAAACCUAAAUUUAGGAUUUUUUCAAGAACUGUAGAACUUGGUAAAUCAGUGGCUAUGAUUUGUACUGCUAAAGCUGUUCCUGAACCAAGAUACAUCAUAGUCCAUAAUAAUAUUGAGACCAUCAGCAACGAUAGAAUGUUCAUCAUAGACGUUGUGAAUAAAAGUCAUGCUGGAUCAUAUCAAUGUAUUGCGGAGAAUAAACAUGGAAGCAGUUCAAAGAUAGAUAAUUUAACCGUCGUAGGUAAGAUGUCGUUGUUUUUAUUGCUUAUUAAGAUGUCUCAUUAUUAUCGAGAAAUUAUUUUCGGUUAUACCAAGGGAGCACGCCAGAAAUAUUUGUGUAAGUUUAUACUAACCUUUAAUUACAUGUAAAUGUUUUCAAUUUUCAAUAAUUUUUCAUCGGGCGCCAUUUUGAAUGUUGAAAGCGGUAUAUAUUACUAGCUUAUCGCAGGCGCAAUAAUUUAUGUUCAUCUUUGACAUUAAUUUAUGUUACACGAUGAUACUCCGAAGAGCGACCGAGAAAGAUCCGAAAUUCAAAAUACGGCGGAGAAAUAAUAAAAAAUAAAGAGGGGAGUGAAACGGCCGAACUAUUAUACACUGAUGCUGGUUGACUGUUGCUAGGAACUUUUGAUGUUGCUAGGAACAAACCCGAAACUAAAUGAGACCUACUAUUACGGGAACCACUGAGUAUUUUAAUAUAAUAUAGAACAACGGUAAUUCUGAAAUUUUUUUUUUUUAUUAUUUUCCGAUUUACCAUUGUUUUAUAUUUGACCUACUAUAAUUAGUUCAAGCGAGUCACAUUAGAAUAUAUUAUUAAAAUUGGGGACAAUGGCAAGAGUUUGUAUAUCAGAUAAACAUCGGCUGCUCGUGUUUUAUGUAUAGGUAAUAGCAUGGUUUCGAGUGCAAUUUGGAUAUAACAUGCACGAGUUAGUUUUUCAAAGACCUCAAAAUAGCACAGUAUAUUUCAACUGCAUUUUGUCAAGAGUUUUUAAUUCCUUUGUAAGCAAUUUAGUAUAAACAAACUUGGGAAAUGAUUAUAAACUCACAAAGGCACAUAACUUAAACUAGAACGAAAGAUUCAAAUUCAAGCAACAUAUUUUAGACUAAGAAAAUCUUUAUAAAUUGUAUUUCAAACUUACAUAGUCACGUUUCGCUGUAAUCCGCCAAGAUUAUUCCUUAAAAAUGUUUCCAGGUAUUUUCCACAGGCUCUUUUUGCCAUACAAUGUUUCUUAAACUCAUUAUUGUGCCAAAAUUCAGUUAAAUUCGUCCACAUUUGUUAGAAAUAAUGAGCUAAAUUUCGCCGCCAUAUUGGAUUUUGUUGUUUUGAUUUCCCGCUCCCCCCAGCCAUCACGAAAUUCAUUAAUUGCACUCCUGGAGAGCGCAAUUAAUGAUGGUAAUAGAACGAAUAGGAGUGCUAUUAAUGCCAUAAUCAUACGAGUGAUUACAAAAUCAACCGACCGCGUAGCGGGAGGUUGAUUUGUUAAUCACGAGUAUGAUUAUGGCAUUAAUAGCACGACUUUAAUUCGUUCUAUUACUUAUUAAUUAUUUAUCUUCUGUAAUCAAACUGUUUAAGGGGGAAAAGCAGAAAUAUACAAUUUGUUGAAGUUCAAUAUAAUUAUUAAAUUUUUGUCACGACAAUUCUUAGUGAAAUAGUACAAUUAUGAAUUAUUGUUUAUCAUAUAUAAUAAAAUUAACAUAUUAUUAACGACUUCCGGGCAUUAUUUCCGGUAUAAUCACAUGACAACAUUUGUUUGAAUUAUUCAACACACAAUUGGGAAGCCAUGUUUGUAUGUUUAUAACGUGUUCAAAAUAGUGAAGUUUUUAAUUCAAUUAAUCAUCUGAAUUGGAUGGAAAUAUAACUCCUGGUUGUGUUUAGUUCGGUGUCUUCUGCUGGAUGAACAGGUAGGUCAUUUUCGUCAGAAAAUAUAUAAUUUAACAACCCUCGAAAACGAGAUCUGCAUUCGGCAGAUCCGACCUACAGUAAAUGCCGACCUAUCAACCUCCCAUGUCGGCAAUGUUUUGCCGACCUUAAUUCAGCCAAAGUAAUAAUCUUUUUUGGUGCUUAUAGCUGUUAAAAAGUCAGCGAUUAUAGAAUUCGAUGUACUUUGGUGUAAGAUUUAAGAAUUAACGGGUAUAUUUAUGAUAUAAUUUAGGUAAAACUCUAAAAGAAAAGGCUUCGUGACAUUUAUACUUUUCAAUGAUUCGUAAAUACGUGAUUACUAGUGCAGGCUACUAGUGCUCCAAGACAUGGAAACAGAUUUUAAAAAAUGCCGAGAUGUACCGAGCUAGGUCAGGUUUAGGUCGGCAUUUUUUUUCCGACCUCAAUUUUGACGGUUUUCGAGGGCUGAUUUAAAAUUAAAAGGUCAAAAUUUGUGAAUUCCUCCAUUUUGAAAUUUUUUACAGCAAUAAAGAAAAUAAAAUUCAAAGUUUGUAUCCUGAAUGCUGAUUGGCUAGUUGUAAAUACUAGACUGAUUUUCAUUGGCUGUAGACAAGAGUGCGAUUACAGCUCAGAAAAGGUGCGAUUAAUGCUCAAAUCGCACUCCUGUAAACCAAUGAAUUUGCAGUAUUUGCCACUGAUUACAGAAGAUAAGUAAUUAAUGAAAUAAUUGCACUCCUCUUAACCAAUCAGAUUGCAGUAAUUUUGUCAUGUAUAUAAUAAACGUGUUUAAAAGACGACCCAUCAUAUGAGUUCAUUGGCGAAGUAAUUUUGAAAAUAAACAUUGUCUAAGCCGAGAAAAUCGAAGCUAAAGUUUAUGUAAAUGAGGACAAUUUACAAAUCUAUUAUCCGAUCGAUUUACAUACAUUGAUUAAACAUUCAUUUCUUUUGAAUUUCCUUCAUGAAUUAUUAAUACUGUAUUUUGUGUCCAGCAUUCGCUUAUGUAGUAUUUUAAAUCCGAGUUAGUGUUUUAGACGUGGUUUCUAAAUACAAGUGCAAUGAACAAUGGCGAGGCGCAGCCGAGCCAUUGUUCAUGGCACUGGGGAUUUGGAAGCCAAGUUUAAAACACUAACGAGGAUUUAAAAUAUUACAUAAGCGAAUGCGUAACGAAGGAACGAAUUAAAGACGUUGUUGUUGUAGUAUUUGUUCGCCUUCGAAGGAAGCAUGGCAUCUAGUUGCAAAAAGAGGAGAUUUCGGGAUCCUCAAAGCGUGGAAAGAAGCAUUGACAACGUGCGAAAUGCUAUUCCACAAACAACGCGUUAUAAAAAUCGUUGGGGAGUUCGUAUAUUUGAAUAUUGGCAAAGUGGGCGAGAAAAUAAAGCAGUCAUGUGUGAGAGCAAUCCUUUCAGCUAAAUUUGCAAAAUUUGCAAAAUUUGGAGACAGAAUUGUGUUCAAUGACGGCAAGAACGUUAAACUUCUGGCUUACCAAAUUUGUUCAAGAAGUUUACGACAAGGAUGGCAAGUCAUAUCCCGGGCGUACAGUAUACCAAAUUAUAUGCUCGUUGAAACGACAUCUAGACGAAAAUGGCCGGGCUGAAGCUAACAUGUUAAAUGCUAACAAUCACUGGUAGGUUGAAUUUGUUCAUUUUUAAUUAAUGAUUUAGUUUAAUUUAUUGUAAUAUGAUCAUGUUUAUUACUCAGUUUCCAGACGUUCAGAAGAGUACUGGAUAGUGAAAUGAAAAGCCACCCACCGGGAAGGCGAAUCGCUUCCGGAGAAUCGUACAAGACGAGAGAAAGAAGCUAUUACAGAUGAUAAAGAAGGUUUGCUGUGGUCAAAAGGCUUGCUGGGAGACAAAACUGCUCAAAGUUUGGUUUACACAAUUUAUUUCUAUAUCGGAAAAAUAUUCGGAUUAAGAGCAUGUGAACACAUACAGUUAAGAUUAAGCAACUUUGUCAUAGAAAACAACAAAAUUUGUUAUCGAGAAAAUAUUUCGAAAACGUUUCACGGAGGAUUAAAAGAUUUAAAGAAGAAACCUAGAAUUGUGACUCAUUAUUGUCACGAGGAUAAGGAAAGUGUGCAUGAACCAUGCCUGGUUCAAAUGUUUAAGCAGUACUUUUCCUUGGUCAGCGAGUUACCGAAAAUUAAUGAAUCAUUCUAUUUUCGACCGAGCAAAACAGCGUAUAAAUUCGAAAAUGGACCAAUUGGUAUUCAUAAGCUUAAUUCUGUCGUGCCUUUUUUAAUAAAAGAAGCUGGCCUUGAGAUUAAGACAGCACACUGCCUUCGUGUCACAAUUAAACAGCAACAAAUUUGUUUCGUGCUGGCCAUCAAGAAAAAUUAAUACGUGAACGAACUGGGCAUGUUUCUUCUGUUUUAUUUACGUAUGAGAAACCUAGUAAUGAUCAAGCAAUGGCUGUAUCCAAGUGUGUUGGCCCAUCUGUAUCAAAGGUUGUGUCGCUUGUUGACAACUGUUUUAAGCCACCCUCGAAGCCUAAGGAAGACGAAAAGUUUCAAAUUUCCGACGAGGAACUUGAUAAGUUUUUUAGUGAAGUGGACUGGUCUAAAAUUGAUAAAGAGGUGCAGCGACGUACUAUCGCAGAAAAGUUUGUUUUGUCGAACAGUACAUUCACUAACUGUUCCUUUAACAUUUCGUUUGCCGGAAAAAAGUAAUACUAAGUCAAUUGUAUGUGUGUUAUUGUUAGUGUGAUUAAAAAAGCAACAUAUUUUGUUGUUUGAAGCGUGUUUUAAUGUUUUUGUGUAUUUAGAAGUUAUUUCUAAAUACAGCUUACUGUAUUUAGAAAUAAUUCUAAACAUAGCAAUUAAAUAUAUUUGCAUAAUCUUUUGUUUACUUCUCAAUUUCCCUAUUGUUCAAAUCCCUUCCCACUUGAAGUAAUUAAAUUCCAGCCUAGACGGGGUAUCCAGAUAGAUACACGUGAUGUAAAUUACACCAUGUCAUUGGCCGAAAUGCUAUGAAUAUCUAAUGAUGUGUGAGAAGUUUUUGUUUCUCUGCUGUCGAAAAUUCACUGCUGGCGAGCACCGAUGCAAAUCAAUACAAGUUUUGAUAUAUUUCAGAUUCGACAGUUCUUGGUCAACGAGCAUGGCCAGAUAACGAAAUUGGAUAUACGCAUUGUCAUUGGCCAAUACCCCAUCACGUGUUCGGCCGUUUCAUUCCCCUCUUUAUUUUUUAUUAUUUCUCCGCCUUAUUUUAAAUUUCGGAUCUUUCUCGGUCGUCCUUCGGAGUAUCAUCGUGUAACAUAAAUUAAUGUCAAAGAUCAACAUAAAUUAUUGCGCCUGCGAUAAGCUAAUAAUAUAUACCGCUUUCAACAUUCAAAAUGGCGCCCGAUGAAAAUUGAAAACAUUUACAUGUAAUUAAAAGGUUAGUAUAAAUUUACACAAAUAUUUCUGGCGUGCUCCCUUUGUUAUACUUUUAUGAUUUUCAUUUCAUUUAAGAUUCAGAAAUUAAUCAAUCAUUCAAAGACGAUUUUGGAAAAGUUUGGAUUGUUGUAUUUUCGGUGUCGGGUUUUGUCGUUGGAGUUCUUUUUUCCCACAUUUUGGCGUGUUUUCUUCGUCGUUUUAGAUCAAGAAAGUCUCAAUCAAACCCUGAACUACAAACACCGGAAGACAACACAAAUUAUCAAAAUUUAGAUAUUACUAAAAUGAAUGCACCAGAGAAUUGUGAAUCGUUGACCAUGAAUGUUGUCAGUAAUGGCGAAGGAAGUGAAAAUGAUCCUACUUAUGCUCAGUUGAAUACGAUCAGGAACGAUGAAAAUAAUUAUCAAGCUUUAACAUAAAUCUCAGUCUUAUAGUCUAGUUUGGAAGUAAUGCGCAGUGUUCAAAUGGUUAAGGCAACCAAUAGCCGUAUAUAGUAUUAUUGUUCACUGUAUGCAGUUUUCGAUAUCUAUAAAUUAGGCUAGUAUGGUGUGAGAAAUUAAAAACAAUAAAUUCUGAUCUUUAAC